AUGUCUAGACAAAUGGUUGAUUCAUUAAGGUAUUUGUGCAAUAGCAGGCCAUACAUUUGCUACUCAGUCAGUGUGAUUAGCAAAUUCAUGCAUGAUCCAAGGAAGACUUACAUGAUAACUGCUAAAAGGAUACUUAGGUAUGUAAAAGGCACAAAGGAGUAUGGACUGCUAUUCCCUAAUAGAAGUAAAGGUGAUAAAAGUGAACUCAUUGGAUAUUCAGAUAGUGACUGGUGUGGAGACAUAACAUACAGGAGAAGCCCACAUGGCUAUGUAUUCAAGUUCAAUGAAGCAGCCAUAUCAUGGUGUACAAAGAAGCAACCAGUAACUUCUCUUUCAUCCUGUGAGGUAAAAUAUAUAGCAGGAAUAUUUGCAACUUGUCAAGCAAUGUGGUUGGAUUCAGUGAUGAAGGAACUGAUGUGUGAAGUGAUGAAGCCUCUAAUACUCAGAAUUGACAACAAGUCAGCAAUUAGCCUUGCAAAAAAUCCAAUCUCACAUGGCAGAAGUAAACAUAUUGACACAAGAUUCCAUUUUAUUCGAGAGAAGGUGAGGAAUGGAAUGAUUGAGGUACAAUAUUGUCCAACUGAAGUACAACUAGCAGAUGGUUUUACAAAGGCCUUAAAGCUUGACAAAUUUGAGUUCUUGAGAAAGCAAUUUGGUGUUAUAAGUGUUCAAAAAUUAUGA